UUGCAAUUGUACAUUGAGGAGCAUUGUUCAAUGACGGAGCAAUUCAGGGAAGCUCCUUUUCUACCCAAUCAUGGCACCCACCUGUUCCCAAUUAGCCUGUUCACCUGUGGGAUGUUCCAAACACGUGUUCGAUGAGCAUUCCUCAACUUUCCCAGUCUUUUUCGCCACCUGUCCCAGCUUUUUGGGAACGUGUUGCAGCCGUAAAAUUCUAAGGUGCAGCCAAAUUCUCCUGCGGAAAAAUGUGGCCUGCAACCGUUUUUUGACUUCAUUUUGUCUGUGGACCACAAAAGACUUAAUGUCGAAAACAACCAGCUGAAGGAGGUCCUGAAAGCCAACAUGGAAAAAGCGGUGAGCGUGGAGGUGUACAGCACCAAGAACAUGAUGAUUCGUGAGCUGGAGGUGACACCCAGCAAUAUGUGGGGAGGACAAGGCCUGCUGGGGGCCAGUGUUCGCUUCUGCAGCUUCCAGGGAGCCAAUGAGAAUGUUUGGCAUGUCCUGGACGUGGAAGCCAGUUCACCUGCUGCACUGGCAGGCCUCCGUCCUCACACUGAUUACAUUGUUGGAGCAGAUCAGGUGUUGCAAGAUUCAGAAGACUUCUUCUCGCUGAUUGAGGCUCAUGAGGGGAAGCAAGUGAAGUUGCUGGUGUACAACGCGCUCACGGACGACUGCAGAGAAGUGGUGGUCACCCCGAACGGAGCAUGGGGAGGCGAGGGAAGUUUAGGUUGUGGCAUUGGGUAUGGCUACCUGCAUAGAAUCCCUGCACAUUCUGACAUAUCGACACCAAAGACCCCCGUCCCCCCUGCCCCUGCCCCUGAGGAGAGCCCACCUGCAGAGAUGCCUAACCACGGCUUCACAGAGGCACCCUUGAUGGCACCUUCAAGCCAAAGUGAGGAUGUGUUAGGGGUCACCCUCCAUGAUGCUUCUCUUAAUCCACCCAUGCAGAGUGUCAUGGAUCCUGGCUUGUCUGAUUCUGAAUUGGCUGUAAUGAGCCCCGUUCCUGCUGAAUUGUUCGACAAGCUGGAUCUGUCAGUGUCGUCCGUCGACAUGAACAACACCUCCCUCUCGAUGAACGAUGAGAAAGAGAACGAGAUCUCCGGUGUUGAGGAGCUGGAUGGAAGUGAACUGCAUUCUUUAAAACAGAUUAACUCUCAAGAGCGGACCCCCCUGGCCUCCGUGGAUCUCACUUCUGCUAUCAUGAGUAGUCAAUCUGAUUCUGGCGUGUCAGCGGAAGAGCCAUCUUACUUCAACUCUUCUCACAUGCCAGACUCCCUCUGCGAGUCAAGUCAUAGCCACAGUCCACCACCAGGUGCACCGUCUGGAGACCCGUCUAUAGACCCACUGGAGCCGUACAAUGAAGAACCUCCUUGUCCACCUGCUACUGAUGUUCUCCCAGGUGAGUCCCAAGUGGAUAAUUCGCCCACUGAGGAAAGUGAAGAUCAGUACAAAGAUGAGACUCGUGUGCAUCACUGUGAGCAUGGGGACACUGAGGAUCAACCACAAGAGCCAAAGUCUGAAUGAGACUGCAUCAGGCCAAGUGGAGAAACCUCAAAAGAAGAAAAAAAAACAAGAUGUUGACAAUCCCUUCUUUUUUUGUUUUUUUGUUUUAAAGACAAGCAUUGUAUGUGUAUGUACAGUGCUCAACAUCGAGUACACCCCAACAGAUCUGUUACAAAAGUAAUUAAUAUUUUCGAUGGGACAAAAAAAGGUACUCUCACAAAUGUAGUCCUUUGGCACACAAAAAUCUAGCAAAGACUUAACUUUUUUUUAAGAAAAUCUGAUUCACAAGAAUUCAACGACAGGUUCAUCCGAUGAAAAAUUCAAAUUCUCGUAUUUACCGAGAAAUAGAUGAUAUACUCAUGUUGAGCACUACAGGUGCAUCUCAAAAAUUAGAAUAUUGUGAAAAAGUAAAAAAGAAUAUUAAUAUAUAAUAUAAAAAUAUUGCCAUUCAUUUCAGAAAGUGAAACUUAUUUUAUAUAAUCAUUACACACAGAGUGAACCAAUAAGCUUUCUUGUAAUUUUGAUCAUUAUAGUUAGAAGAUAAUGAAAACUUAAAAUUCAGUGUCUCAGAAAAAUUGACUAUCACAUGACCAAUCAUAAAGCAUAUUUUACGCACAAAUGUCAGGCUUCUGAAAAGUAUGGUUAUUUCUAUACACUCAAAACUUGGUUGGGCCUCCUUUUGCAUGAAUUACUGCAUCAAUGCACCGUGGAACUGAGUGGGUGUAAUGGAAGAGGCGGUGUAAACCCUGAACCGGUCGCCAGCCAAUCGCAGGGCACAUAUAAACAACCAACCAUUUGCACUCAAAUUUACACGUAUGGGCAAUUUAAAGUUUUCAAUUAACCUACAAUGCUUGUUUUGGGGAUGUGAGAAGAACCUGGAGUACGCAGGCUUGAAGUAUUUGAAUGUGUAAUAUAUGUAUAUAUUCACUUUCUGAAAUGACUGACAAAAUAUAUUGAACUACUUUUAAAUUUUUCUUUAUACGUACAAAGCUGAGGGAGAGGAAGCAACUCCCACAAAGGUACUGCAAUCUUAUGUAGUCCCCUCCAAAAGUAUUGGAAAGCAAAGGUCAAUUCCUUUUUUUUUUUUUUGUGGUACACUGAAGACAUUUGGGUUUCAGAUCAAAAGAUGAACAUGAGACAAAAGUUCAAAAUUCCAGCUUUUAUUUCAUGGUAUUUACAUCUAGAUGUGUACAUCAACUAAGGACAGAGCACCUUUUGUUUGAAGCCACCCACUUUUCAAGUGAGCAUAAGCAUUGGAACAGACAUUAUUGAAUGAACUUAAAGUGAAUAACAUUUAAUAUUUGGUGGCAUAACCCUGACCUGCCAUAACUGCGACCCGUUGACUUCACCAGACUGUUGCAUUCUUCAUUUGAAAUGCUUUUCUAUGCCUUUACUGCAGUCUCUUUCAGUUCAUUUGUUUCUGGGGGUUUCUCCCUUCAGUUUCCUCUUCAGGAGGUAAAAUGCAUGCUCUAUUGGGUUACGGUCCAGUAAUUGACUUGGCCAGUCUCAGACCUUCCACUUUUUCCCCCUGAUGAAGUCCUUUGUUGUGCUGGCAGUGUGUUUGGGGUCAUUGUCUUGUUGCAUGAUGAAGCGUCUCCCGAUUAGAUGCAUUUUUCUGUCAAUUGCCUGACAAAAUGGUUUUGUAAGCUUCAGAAUAAAUUCUGCUGCUACCAUAGUGAGUUAUAUCCUCAAUAAAGACUAGUGAGCCUGUUCCAGAAGCAGCCAUGCAAGCCCAAGCCAUGACAUUAGCUCCUCCAUGCUUCACAGCUGAGCUUGUGUGUUUUGGAUCCUCAUCAGAUCCUUUCUUUCUCCAUACUUUGGCCUUUCCAUCACUUUGGUAGAGGAUAAUCUUGGUCUCAUCAGUCCAUAAAACUUUGUUCCAAAACCUUUGUGGCUCAUCUCUGUAUGUCUUUGCAAUAUCCAAUCUGGCCUUCUGGGUCUUUUUGCUGAUGAGUGGUUUGCAUCUUGUGGUAUGGCCUGUAUAUUUCUUUUGUCAAAGUCUUCUUCGAACAGUGGAUUGUGAUACCACUGACUGUUGUCGUUGUCUGUUUCUUCAUAGCUCUCACAAUGUUUCUGUGAUCAACCUGUUGAUACCCAUGGCCGACCUGUUCAAUGUCUGUUGCUCAGUACACCAGUAGUUUUUCAGGACAUUCUAAAUUGUUAUAUUGGCUAUGCCCAAUGUUUGUGCAAUAGCUCUGAUAGAUUAUCCCUCUUCUCAGCUUCAAAAUGCUUUGCUUUUCUCCCAUAGACAGCUCUCUGGUCUUCAUGUUUGCUUAACAGCAAAUGCAAUUUUCAAAGUGACACCCAAAGCCAAAAACAAGCACUAGCUAAUGUUUAAGCAAUCAAUCUAAAAGGCAACGCCUGAGCAAAUAGAAACACCCAUCAGUCACAUGUUCCAAUACUUUUGCUCACUUCAUAAGUGGGUGGCUUCAAACAAAAGGUGCUCUGUCCUGAGUUGUUUAAAAUAUGUAGCUGUAAAUACCAUGUAAUAAAAGCUGUAAUUCUGGACUUUUGUCUUUAUUUUUUGAUUUGAAACCCAAAUGUCUUCAGUAUUCAACAAAAACAAAGGAAUAGACCUUUCCGUUCCAAUACCUUUGGAUGGGACUGUAUGCUGUUUUUAUGUGACAUCAACAAGUCACUGCUAAUUUUGUUUUUACAGAUGUCACUUAGUGGAAGUGAAUACAGGUGGUGAAACUUGAUUCUGACAUCGUAAAUGUAGUCGUGGACUUUAAAAAGAAGACAAAUCAUAUAUUAAGUACAUCACAGCAGUAGAAAAAAAAAUGGAUGAAAUGACAGGUUUACCUUUGGGAUAGUUUAAUUUAUUAAGCUGUUAAUGUAGUUCACUCAUGGCUUUCUUUUGAGUAAAGCUUUGAAGAGAUCAGUAGGUUUUUCGUUUUAGUUUAUGAAGCUAGAGCUAUUAACCCAUUCAGCUCAACACAACCCUCUGCAGUUUUGUGAUAUAUGCAAUAUUAGACAACUAUUACUUGAAGAACAAGGCAAUUGAAUAGGUGACUUUUGUAGGUGUAAUUACAUAGUAAUAGUGCUGUUGAGUAAUGAAUGAGUUUUGUUUUUGGGGAAUGUCUUAAUAGUUGCUCAAGUAAGAAAGUAUUUUUGCAGAUAUUCUUUCAAAGUGAAUACUUUUUUAACACUAAUGUGCUGUCAAAUGGAAUAUUUUAUACAACUUAUCAAAACUAAAACAUGGUCCUUUGUUCUUUUUCAAACUCGGCUGCCGAACACUGAUGUCAAAACACAUCCUUGCAUGAUCCCCAUAAACGUGUCAUUGUUAAAGAAUUCCUAUUUAUUUCUUUGGAAGCGUAAAAUAUACAUAUUUCACAAAUUAUUACAACAAUGGAUAUUACUGUGUACCCAUCCUGUUUUGGCCCACUAAAGCUCACUUGACGUGUUCACAUCGGCCUUUGUGGCUAAAUGCCAUCAAAUUUCCAAUAAAAAGACCUGUUGAGCUUGGUAAUACAGUG